AACAGAACAUCACUCCCGUAUCCUUACUCUGGCUCUCCCAUCACCACUCUGACACACGCAGAUGGCUCGAUUCCCCUUCGCCUCGGCUAUCUUGCUUCUGUUAUGCAGCGCCGCGGCAGCCGGCGGCGUAUCAAGUUUCCUGGACUCCAAUCCUAUCCGGAUGGUUUCCGAAGGCCUCGGUGAGUUGGAGGCCUCCGUCCUCAAAGUCAUCGGCAACACUCACCACGCACUCUUCUUCGCUCGAUUCGCUCACAGGUUCGGGAAGAAGUACGAGGGCGAUAACGAAAUGAAGCUCCGUUUUGCGAUUUUCUCCGAGAAUGUUGAUUUCAUCAGAGCCACCAACCGAAAACGAUUGCCUUACAAGCUCGCUGUUAACAAAUUCGCUGAUUUGACGUGGGAGGAGUUUCGAAGGCAUAGACUAGGAGCUGCUCAGAACUGCUCUGCCACUUUAAAGGGCAAUCACAAGCUUACCGAUGUUAUCCUCCCCGAAAAGAAAGACUGGAGGGAAGAAGGGAUUGUAAGUCCAGUCAAAGACCAAGGCAACUGUGGAUCUUGCUGGACAUUCAGCUCUACUGGAGCUCUUGAGGCAGCCUACAAGCAAGCAUUUGGAACGGGAAUCUCUCUUUCUGAGCAGCAGCUUGUGGACUGUGCAGGAGCCUUUGAUAAUUUUGGCUGCGAUGGGGGAUUACCGUCCCAUGCAUUCGAAUACAUCAAAUAUAAUGGUGGCCUUGAAACGGAGAAGGCAUAUCCCUACACUGGACAGAAUGGUCUCUGCAAAUUUUCAUCUGAGAAUGUUGCGGUGCAAGUCUUGAGCUCAGUCAAUAUUACCCUGGGUGCUGAAGAUGAAUUGAAGCAUGCUGUUGGUCUGGUUCGCCCUGUGAGUGUGGCAUUUCAGGCAAAUAAAGAGUUCUCGUUCUACAAGAGAGGUGUUUUCACCAGUAACACUUGUGGCUCGACUCCUAUGGAUGUGAACCAUGCUGUUGUUGCUGUCGGAUAUGGAGUCGAAGAUGGUGUGCCAUAUUGGAUCAUCAAGAAUUCCUGGGGAGCAGAAUGGGGUGAAAAUGGCUACUUUAAGAUGGAGAUGGGGAAAAACAUGUGUGGUAUUGCAACUUGUGCAUCAUACCCGAUUAUCGUCUGAUCUGAUGACAGAGAAAUGGCAGGAUCGAUUGUCGAGCAGUUAUGACUUGUGAUUCCCUUCUCAUCUUAAUUCGAUCUACAAUGUAAUGAUGUAGCAAUUAUUAUGGCACUGGUUCAAUGUACAAAAUAAACUCUAGACCAAAUGCCCUUGAAAUUACUUGUAUCUCCACAAAGACCUUGUGAAUGAUGCACAGUCAUCUUUAUGAAUAUUGUACUGUGAUGCUAGAGUAUAAGAAAGAGAGCCAGAGUAUUAUCUUUCGAGAAAAUUCUCUCUUAUCUUUUGGCUUUUGGUCUGUGAAGAAUGCAGAAAGAACAGAAACUGUUUGUUUGCAGAAGAAUUUAGGGCUCAUUGGCCUAAUAAAAUUUGAGAACCUUUGUGCU